UCAAAAGUGCUUGAGAGAGCAUUGUGGGUGUUUGGGUUUCGAUUUUGUGGUAAUUUUGGUUUCGGUGUGAGUGCUGGUACAUCUUACAUAACAUACAAAUAUGCAUCCACGCAAGCAGAUUCUUGGGAAUCUACCCAUCACUACAUUGUUUAUAAUAGUCAUUUUGAACACCAUAUCGGCUAGACCUGGGGGAGAAUGGAGACAAGAUGUUGCUUGCAUUGGAGAUAGCACGAAAAGAGAAAUUUGCCAAAGAUGUGCGAAACAAACUAAAUCCCCCAUAGUCUACCCGAUGUGCUGCAAUGAGGAAGACGAAGUGCACAGCUGGUGCUUCAGGUACACCAACUAUGGAAAGGUGGCCUAGCUGUGGAACAGAGCAGAUUUUCUGGAUGUGAUACCCUUUCUGGGUCGGCUUUCACUAAUCUUCCACGGGAGGUUUAUUAGAUAUAAUUUCGUCCGAACGGGUAUAGAUCUAUCUUCGGAAUGGAUAGCAUUUUGUGAUAUGUUUGGUGAGAAUGGAUCUUGGAUUUGAAACGAUUUUCUAUAUACCUUGGCUUGGCCGUUCAAUAUAUGUUUGAAUGUAUGUGAUGAAUCCUGUUGGGUCUUGGUUUUUAUAGGCAGGAUCAAUACAGGGUGAAUCUAAAAGGUCUGUACAAAAUCUCAGCACAUGCAUAUUCUGAAAUUUCCCAAUUAUUAACGAUUUCACUAAUAAGUUUGAACUUGAUAUUUCCGUUCAUUCAUUUAUGCACCUGAAUUGAAUUUUAUCUUUCAUUAACUAUUCGCUAAUAGAUGACCAACUUAUAUCUCUUAACGACAAAUACGAAUGAAACUGUGACUUGCGCAGGCGCGGUUCUGUGAGAAGUCAGACAAACAAUUUCUUCCUCUUCUUUUCCCAAAAUGUAGUUGGAAAUUCUGAAAGUUCUAGUCGUAUGCUCAAAUUAAACUUUGAAAUCAACAUGAAUGAAUGAUUCUUAUUGUAAUGUUAUAACACAAAUAUUUUCAUCGGGCUAAGUACGCUGAGGAGUAUGUUUUGAUCAAGAAGAAGAGUUUAAAAUUAGAAGAAAGUGGUGCAUAAAGGUAUCAUAGUCUAUAAAUAAAAAUGAACGUAAUGGCAGUUAAUGAAAGCAACAGAUUAGUAAAAAAGCAGUGUGCAUAAAUCCACCUAUAGUCCUGAGGUCAAAAUAGGCCGAUUUAAAGGAUCUUAUACAUCAGUCCGAAAUCGCUCCGUUUUAGAGAUAAAGUUUGAUGAAUUUUAAAAUAAAAAUCGACAAGUACACUCCAAAAAAGUAUUUUUAAAAAUCCUUGUAUACACUGACGACUAUUCACUGACCAAAUUACAUCCACGAAGAUGACAACAAACAUUUUUUAUUCAAAAUAAUUUGAAUAUUCCGGUGCGCGGCAACGAACACUAAAAACCGAAAUAUCUCUGAAUCCGCUUACUUCAGCGGAUUUUCACAGGUGUACUUUUUUUGCUUGCAAAUAUUCCUAAACGAAAAAGUAAAAAUCUACACAGAGAAAAAAGUUAUGGCCAUUUUGAACCAUAAGAAGGGCAAUGGUAAGCGCCCUCUAAUGGCCACAGUGAAAAGGUGUAUGUAUCCCGUAAACAGGUUUUUCACUAGGCACGCCAAUAUCUCGAAAACGAAUAGAAAUAUUCAAUUUCUGUAGAAAGUAAUCAAUGGAUUGGGUCUAGUACAUUUUUUUAGACGUUUGAAAAAUUCAACGCCUCUACUAAGUUACUGUGUUAUUUAUAAACUUUCAUGUUCGGUUUAUCGUGAACGUUUCGUGAUUGACAAAAAUGCAAUUAUGGAUGAUUUUUGGGUGUAGGUCUAUACCGCACGGCGGUCAGUUUCACCCUUACCGGUUAGAAAAUGAACCCAACUGGAUGGGAUUAUUGAGCGCAGACAAGUACCUACCCCUAAUUGCUGGAAUUUCCUUUAGUACCGGGCCACUCCUAUAUAGUACCUUCAAUGGAAAAUAAUUAGUAUAGGGUUAGAUUGUUAAAAAAAAGAAGUCUUCUCCUAAGAUAUGAUCCUUUCUCACGAUUUUGUUAAGAGAUGGAUUGGUUUUAAAAAAUAUAUACUUUAUAGGAAGACGGUUCGUUAAGGCUGAGGAAGGUUGGAUUGUUUAGAAACAGUAGUCUCCUUCCUAACAAUAUACUUUCUGUGAAGAAAAUCAAUUUAGGCCAAGUGAGGUUAGAUAGUUUAAAAAAAGUAGUAUUCUUUCUAAGAUAUGAUCCUUCCUCACGAUUUUGUUAAGACCGUUUCGUAUCAAACAAGUUUAAUCCGCGCACAAUUGGUCCAUAGGACCGAAGGUACCUUGCGCUCAAUUGCCCUUUUCAUUAUCUACUACCUGACGAAUUUUCUGAUCGUUGCGCUCAAUCGUCCGUUGCCCUGAUUUGUGCCAGAAUUUCAUGAAUAUUAGUUACUUUUUUUUCUUAAUUGACCCGGCAGUCACUUGAUGGAAAUCCAUGGCAAAUGUAUAAACUUCCCAAACGAUAAGAUUUCCACCAAAUUCUCAAACACAGGACAUGUCCCGCUAACACAGUUUAACAGAGUUUCAUUCCUUCAUUUUCUACGUGUAGAAUUUCGAAAUUAUCAUCAAAACUAUGGUUUUCUCCUGAUAUAUGGCUGGCGUAUGAUGAACUCGUUUUUUUUGGUUGGUUGGUUGGUUGGUUGGUUGGUUUAGUUCAUUUUACCAGUGUAUCACCUGACGAAGCUUCUGUUUUAGCGAAACAUGUUGUGUGUUUAAGAAUGUUGAGGAAAUCUUAUCGUUUGUGAAGUUUUCACAAUAUUAGUUACUUCGGCAACCAUAUUGUUAUUGCAAUUGUUUUACAAGCAAACAACUUUUGGAAUGAUUUCUGCAUCGAGUACUCUUCUAUGCAGAUAACGCUGUGCGUAAACUCUUUUUGCUUCCCUACAAUUUGUCCUGUAUUUUCCAAACACCAGUAACAUGUCUACUUUUUGAUCAUUGCUGAAUUGAACCAUUUUCAUAUAAUUAAUAACACAGUAAUUACAAUAUCUGACGCUUCUGAAACAAUUGCGAUACAAAUGGUUGCCGAAGUAACUAAUAUUCAUGGCAUUCUCAUGAAUCAUCGCUUUUUUGUCAAUCAAUAAACACUAUAAAUAGGUAUAACUCAGAAGUGAGUUAAAUAAAUAAGUUCAAGAAACAACAAAAAAGUUCAUGAAUAACAUGUUCAACAGUACAUGUGAUUACAGUCGUGCACGUGAUUUCAAAGGCAAUGCAAUCGAUUUAUUUUUUCAACGAGUCGCGACGCUCAGCUCUUAGUAGGCGUUGAUUUUUUUUAUCUCUCAGGAAAAUCUACUUGAUCCAUUGACUACAUUUUACAGAAAUUUAAUAUUUCUACUCGUUGUCAAGAUAUCGGCUUGCGGAGUUUUAAGUGGACAGCCCUGAAUAGAGCAAUUUCGGACUGAGGUGAGCUGCUUUAAAUCGGCUCAUUUUGAACUCACGGAUAUGUGCUGAGAUUUUGUGCAGACCUUUAAGCGUGACCCUGUAUAAGUUGUGCUCAAAUCAUUCCUAUAGUGUAGUAGAUACCUAUAUACAGGGUGUUCUCGAAAGCAUGUAAAAUUGUAAAUGAGAGUUCAUUAUUUAAACGUGCUACACUGUUUGACCAGGGACGGUUUGAAAGAACAUUGGAGGGAAGGGCGGGGGGAGCCUGGAAGUGAAUUUUGCCAAUUCAUUUUUAAAUUUUCCGAUUCUCGUUUUGAACAAAAAAUGAAUAAUAAGAGUUGAUCACUCUAAGUGGAUUAUUGAAAUACGUGUUCCUAAUACUUAUUCAAUUUGACACUGAAAAAAUAAAAAACAAACAUGAAAUAAAAAAUAUUCAAGUGGGAUUGAAGAAAUCGUUUUCUUUGAGCUAUGAUUCGAAAAUUUGUAGUACGCAGUUGGAAAUCCUGGGUUUCAACAGAGUAUUUCAUUUUCAGAGUAAAAACCUGUAACUGGAAAUAUCAUUUUCCGAAUUGGAACUUUAUGUUUUCAACUGAUAGUUCGGAAUUUGAUUUUUUCGACUUCAAAGCUUUAAAUUCUCUAUUCUUCAGUCAGAAAGUUCGAGUUUGCAGUUGGAAGUUCCCAGUUUGAACUGGAAAUAUAAUUUUCCUCCAUGUUUGAACUUGGGAAUUUCAUCAACUGCAAAAUAAAAUGAAUUUUAUGUUCUUGAAGUUGGAAAUUGAAUGAAAAAAAUAUUUAAUUGAGAUAAAAGAAACUUCAUUUUCUAUGAGCUACGAGAGGGAAAUUCAGAGUACGCAGUUGACAAUCCUGGGUUUGUUUGUACAGGAUAUUUCAUUAUCAGAUCGAAAACCUGUAUAACUGCGAAUUUCAUUUUCCGAAUUGAAACUUGAUAUUAUUAACUUAAAAUUCGGAAUUUGAUUUUUUCGACUUUCAAUCUUUGAUUUCUUUCUUCUCAGUCGGAAAUUUCGAGUUUGCAGUUGGAAGUUAAAUGGUUUGAACUGGAAAUGUGAUUUUCCUUCAUAUUUAAACUUGGAUAUUCCGAAUACACAACAUCGACAUUUUAUGUUUUUGAAGUUGGAAAUUCCUAGUUUGAAGUAGGAAAUCCGUAGUUUUCAUUUAUUUAUUACAUUUUUCAUUUAUAUUUCUCAUGAAACGGUUUUCUGUGAAACUUUCCCAAACUCAUAUUGCCAACUCGCCUCGUUCCUGUGUUCGAUGAUGCAAAAAAAACAAUUGAAUAAGAGAAUCUGAUGACUAGCGCUAAACAAAGAACAUAUGAUUCUACCACAGUUUAUGGAAAUAGACAUAGACAACUCUUAUUGUAAAGAUAUUUGGCGGAUCUGCAUAUUUCAAUGAAUUCGACAUCUUUAAAAAAAAUGGAUCACCUUUGAGAAUACCCUGUAUUAUCAUGUUUAAGAUUUUUGAGAUUCAUUGUAAAGAGUAGUUAUUAUAUAACAAUUUUUUUAUGAUUUUAUAUGUAUAACGUAAAAUGAAAAAUAGUAAAAUAAAAUGUAAAGAUAUGUUUACCCAUAUCAAAAUGAAGACGGAUGAUGAAUAUAAUAUGUGUGGCUGUGAUAUUGUGUAUCUAUUUUAUUAUGUCGAAAAUGCAAGCUAGUAUAUAAUCCUAUUUAUAUUAAAAAAUAGUCAUGUACUCGUCACAUUUUGUAUGUAUAUUUAUAUAAAGAAUUUUU